CCUCCCUCAAACAUGGACUUGUAAGAAGAUAUUCAUAGAACAACAACAGAAGACUUUUCAGGUUCCUCAAAUCCUCUUAAAAUUGUUAGACAAACAUACUCUUAACAGAAAAUGGAAGAAUGUUGCUAAUUCUGGUCAGGUGUUAUACCAUUACAAGCACCAUGGGAGCAUCAAUCUUUCAGAAACUAGGCUCUCUUUCAUUCCUCAUCAUGUCUGUAGUUUUCGUUUCGUCUUCCAAAUGUGUUGCUUCAGCUACUGUUUCUACUGAUGAAGUUGGUGCUCUUCUCCAAUGGAAAACCAGCCUUCAAGACCCUCAAUCACUCCUAACUUCAUGGAGUGCUCAGCACUUCCCAAAUGCAACAAGUCCAACUUCAUGGAGUGCUCAGCACUUCCCAAAUGACACAAGUCCAUGCACUUGGUUUGCCAUUUCUUGCAACAAUGCCAAGAGUGUCACCACAAUAAACCUUACCAAGUCGGGUUUACAAGGUACGCUUCACGAAUUUUCAUUCUCCUCCUUCCCGAACCUUGAGCACUUUGAUCUCAGCAUGAACUCAAUCUUUAGUACCAUUCCACCUGAAAUCAAUCAACUCUCCAAACUAGUGUAUCUUGAUUUAUCUGAUAACAUGUUGAAUGGUUCAAUUCCUGCUUCUUUCGGAAACCUUAGCAGUCUUGCUUACUUGAAUCUAGGUAGGAACUUUCUUACUAGUUCAGUUCCUUUAGAAAUGGGCAAUCUUCCAGAGUUGGUGGAGCUUUACUUGAAUACCAACAAACUUACAGGUCAGCUCCCACAAACUUUUGGGAACUUAAGAAAGCUAAAAGUACUAUACAUGUUUGAGAACAUAUUUGUUGGCUCCAUUCCCUUGGAGAUAGGGAAGUUGGCAUCUCUCAGCAAUCUAAGCCUUCACACCAACAACUUUUCUGGAAGUAUCCCGGAUUCCAUAUGUGACCUGAGACACCUUACUGCACUCAAACUGCAUCGGAACAAUCUUUCAGGCCCAAUUCCGGAAAAUAUUGGAAGCUUGAAGUCUCUUGUUGUUCUAAAUGUCUGCGAGAAUAAACUCAGCGGUCCUAUUCCCAUGUCAAUUGGUAACUUGAGCAAGUUAAAGGUUCUAUACAUCCGCGACAACAAACUCUCUGGUUCCAUUCCUCAAGUGAUAGGAGAUCUUAUGAGCUUGACUGUGAUAAGAGUUGCUAGAAACAAUUUGACUGGUCAUUUACCACAUAAUCUCUGCAAAUGUGGAGUGCUUGCAUCGUUUACAGCUAAUGGAAAUCGUCUCAUAGGUCGAAUGCCUGAAAGCUUGAGAAACUGCACAACCUUGAAUAGAGUCCGUCUUGAUGGGAACCAAUUCACUGGAAAUAUAUCUGAAGAUUUUGGUGAAUAUCCAAACUUGGAUUACAUAAAUCUAAGUGACAAUAAUUUUUAUGGUGAAAUUUCGGAGAAAUGGGGCAAGUCUCUGCAGCUAACAGAUCUUGAGAUUGCAGGUAACAACAUAACAGGUUCCAUACCACCUGAGUUUGGUAAUUUGACUCAACUACAUGUGCUUAAUCUUUCUUCGAAUCAUUUAGUUGGGAAAAUCCCUUUGGGACUAGGAAAGUUGACCUUUUUGGAGAGGCUUAUACUGAACGACAAUCAACUUUCUGGUGCUAUACCUCAAGAACUUGGAUCACUGACUGACCUUGAGUUUCUUGACCUGUCCAAAAACAACUUGAGCCAGUCAAUUCCUAGUAGUCUGGGGAACCUAGUGAAACUGCACCACCUGAACUUGAGCAACAACGAGUUGAGCCAUGGAACCCCAACCAAGUUGGGUCAGUUGAAGCAGCUGUCUGUGCUAGAUUUGAGUCAUAAUUUUCUUAGUCAAGAGAUACCAAAGGAGUUUUGUAAUUUGGAAAGCUUGUUGACACUGAAUCUGUCCCACAAUAACCUCUCUGGUAUUGUUCCCCAGACUUUUGCUGACCUUCGUGGCUUGGAGUUCGUUGACAUAUCAUACAAUCGAUUAUGGGGUCCGAUUCCAGAAAACAAAGCAUUUCAAGAAGCUCCUAUAGAAGCAUUGCAAGGGAAUCAAGGUCUGUGUGGCAAUGCUACAGGUCUACCGCCCUGCACUAAGAAUCCUGGCAAAAAGAAGCACAGCUCGAACAUUGGUUACAAAGUCGUGUGCUUGGUAAUCGCACCUGUGGUAGGAGUACUUAUACUUGUUUUCUGUGGAAUUUAUAUCACUUACAGAAGAAAAAAGAAUUGUCAAAAAACAGAUGAAGAGGACUUGCACCCUAAAGAAUUUGAACUUCGUUCAAUGUCGAUUUUUGAAGGAAAAUUGUUGUAUGAAGAAAUUGCAAAAGCAACUGAGGAUUUUGAUGAUGCUUAUUGCAUUGGGAAGGGAGGCACUGGAAGCGUUUACAAGGCAAAGCUUCCAUCUGAUGACGUGGUAGCUAUAAAGAAACUCCAUAGUACUCAAUGUGAUGGUGAGAGGAGCUUUGAAAAAGAGUUCUUAAACGAGGUGAUGGCAUUGACUGAGAUACGCCACCGGAACAUUGUGAAAUUUUAUGGCUCUUGUUCACAUCCACGACACUCACUUUUGGUUUAUGAGUACCUCGAAAGGGGUAGCUUGUUCUCAAUCUUGUGCAAUGAAGAAGCAGCCAAGGAAUUGGAUUGGAGCAAGAGGGUGAAUAUCAUCAAAGGUGUUGCUCAUGGCUUAUCAUACAUGCACUCUGAUGUAUCGCCACCAAUUGUUCAUCGGGACAUAACCAGCAAGAACAUUUUGCUAGAUGCCGAGUAUGAGGCUUGCAUUUCGGACUUUGGCAGUGCUAAGCUGCUACAGCUCGGUGCAACUAACUGGACUGCUGUCGCAGGCACAUUCGGAUAUGUAGCACCAGGUAACAUAACUCAUCCAAAUGUCAAAUAUGAAUCCAUCAAUGAUUUCAUAACAUAAUAUGUCCCAA